ACUCCUGUUUCAGCCCCCUCUGUCCCCGCAGGACCUAGCGGAGAGAGUUGGGAGAACCGACUUCUAGUCCCAGCUAAGCCCCUAUGUGACUUCGGGCAAGCCACGUCACCCCUCUGGGCCUCAGUUUCCUCCUCUAUGGGAUGAAGAGGAGAGGACCGACCUCUUCGUACAGCCGAGGGCUUUGGAAAAACACGAGCGCUUGGUAAAAAACCAGGAAGUCGAGGGUCACUUUUAGUGUCAUGAGAAACUGCAUUCUCAAUGCCCGUUCACUCCCUCUGCCCUUCGAUCUUCAUCUUCCACCUCCCUGUUACCCAGGAUUUAAAGAUGGGUUUUGAAUCAGUCCAACGUAGGCCCGAAGGCCCUGGACAACAGCCAUCCAGAAACUAAUCUUCCCCUGUCCUUUACUCCCCGUCUCCCCAACCGCUUCCGGGAGGUUUGUUGGGGUUUUUUCCAACAGACACUGUUCUCACACCUGCAUUCCCCUGGUGGUCCAGACAGCGUCAAAUCUGUCAUCUGCAUUGCAUCUGCAGAAGGUCUUUGGCACCGUUGGCAUCCCGGAACGGUAGCGUCAAACUUAGAGCGGGGGGGAGAAAAAAAAAAAUCCCGCUCCAAAGAGGAGUGUAUUUUAAGAAUGAGACAGGGGUCCACUCCCACCCCGUCUUCCUCUGGGUUUCAAGAACCCUUCCUUGAUCCCAGUGCCCAGGUCAGGGCUGCCUCUUCCUUUUAUAGCUCCUCUCUCUCCCCUGAGAGUCCCACACCACUCCUUCUCCAGGGAAAGAGAACUUUCCCUCUAGCCAGAAGGCCGGCCCUCCCCUCCCCCCCGCCACGGCCUCAGAACGGAGGUUAAAUCCCCCGCAGUCUGGGAAUCGACCCGGAUCUCUGGCCGGGGCAGAGUUGUUCUCCUCGGAGGUCGGGGGUGGGCAAAGAUGGACACCCCCGCCCGCUCCCAAGCCCACUCUGCCCCGAGCCGGGGAUUUGCCAGCGGCGGUCCCCACCGCCGUGAUGGAUGCCGAGUCCCGAGUUACCGCUUUUGUGACCUUGAGAUGAAAGGGGACUACCCGAGUGGAGGCUCAUGGGAGGAUGGGCGCAUGAGCCCAAGUAGGGUUUAUGAGUUCGCCGGGGAGGAAUGCGUGUCUGGAUUUCCAACCCCGGGGGCGGGCGUGAGGGGAUCUGGACCGGGAAGAGACGCCCCCCACGCAUGCGUCGGUUGAAAAUUCCCAGUGAGAAAACGGUUGGACAAAGGCAGAACGUCUCCCAUGUAGCGCCACCUUCCGGCAAGCCCCCAAUCCAGAGGGCGGGGGGCGCCUUGGCCGGUGCCGGGGGCCGGCUUCCCAGUGGGCUGGGGUGGCCCCCGGCGGGGAUAUUCCCUCUUCCAUGGCUCCCGACGGGGAACGCACCCCCUCCUCCAUCACCCCUUCAGGCAGUGUCCAUUUAUGGAAUUUGGUUUUACGACAAGGAAGAGUGCCAAAGAAUCGCCGAGCUCAUGAAAAACCUAACGCAGUACGAGCAGCUGAGAGCCCGGCAGGGGCCCGGCGCCGGCAUCUCUCCCAUGAGCCUCAGCGCCAGGGACGGCAAAGAGGUGGACAUCUUGCAGAUGCUCACCAAGGCCAAAGACGAGUACACCAAGUGUAAACGGUGCUCGGAGCCCAAGCAGAUUGCCAACUCCUCCGCCAUCUACGACAACCCCAACCUGAUCAAGCCUAUCCCCGUCAAGCCCAGCGAAAACCACCAGCAGCAGCAGCAGCAGCUCACUACUAAGCAAGGCCAGGUCCCGGAUCCGGAGCCUCAGCACCUGUCCCUGACGGCCCUCUUCGGGAAGCAGGAGCGGGCGGUCUUCCGCGACAGCUCGGAACCCCCCCAGGACGGUCAUCCCCCGCCCCCGGAGCGGCUCCCCGGCAGGCAGGGGGUCGUGCGCUCGCUGUCCUACGAGGAGCCCGCCGGGCCCUCGCCCCCCACCGAGAAGCAGCUGUGCCCGGCCAUUCAGAAGCUCAUGGUGCGCAGCGCGGACCUGCUCCCCGUGCCCGAGCUGCCCGAGAGCCGGCUGGGCCCGGGGGUUGGCGGGGGCCGGGCCGGCGGACUCUUCCCCGGCCUGUUCCAGCCGGUGGCGCCCCAGAGCGCGGGGCCGCCCCCCGCCGCGACCGCCCCCGGCCCGCAGAGCCUGCUAGACCAGCUCCAGGCGCCCCAGCUAGUGACCGGAAGCAAGCCGGAGCCCGCCCCGGCCCCCUUGUUCGGCCGGACCGCGCCCCCCGCCCCGCUCAAGGGCCUGGCCCAGGCUCCCCUGCUCUACUUUAACGGCUCCCUGCCGACCCAGGCCCUGGGAAAGGACCGGACCAAACUCCCCGGGGCACCGCCCCCGCCUCCCCCCGUCGUCACCGCCACCCCCCUGUCGGGCAGCCAGGGGGACCCCGGCGGGGCGGCCUACCCGCAGGAGCUGCUGAAGAAGCUGCAGAUGGUCCAACAAGACCAGCAGCUGCCCGGGGCCGCCGCCCGGCCGGCCCUGGCCGCCAAGUUCCCGCUCGUGACGCAGAGCACCCGGCCACUCGAGCCCCUCGACUCCUGGACGGACAAGAGCUCCAGGCCAGACAGGCAGGCGCCGCUCUUCCAGGUGAUCUCCCCUCAGCGCAUCCCCGCCACCGUGGCACCCGCCCUACUGAUGUCACCCAUGGUGUUCAGCCAGCCCUCCCCCGCCCCCGUCAAGGCCACCGAGAGCGUCCGGCUCCCCCUGCCCACCCAGGAGCCCCAGGCCGGGACCACGGGCCUCUUGCUGCCGCUGACCCGCCCGGACCCUGUCGCCCUGAGUGGGAGCUCCUUGACCAAGCUGCAGCUCCAGGAGACCCUGCUCAACCUCCUCCAGAACGACGACAACUUCCUGACCAUCAUCUACGAAGCCUAUCUCUUUGGGGCGACCCGGCCAGCCAGGAAAAAGACUCUCUAAAGAGCCGAAAUUUUAAACGGGAAACCUUCAAGCGACUUAGCGGUCCAGCACCAGCUCAGUGUCGAAACUUUUCCGCCUCUGUUUUUUUUUGUUGUUGUUUGUUUUUUUACUGAAAGGAUGUGUGAUUCAAUAAAACGCCCCCCACCUUUUUACCCA